CGCUGGUGAGCCAUUGAUUAGCUCUAAAGGGAAAUGGAAGGUUGUAGUAGAGGAUUCCCCUACUCUCUCCACUGAGAAAUCAAGGGAUAAAGCUCCAAAACGUGUGGGAGAUCAAACUUCAUUCAUGCCCUUAAAUACAAGUCACCUAUCAGUGUUAAGGCCAACGCAUCCUUAGACAUCGCUCUAUUUCAUGGAGAUUGUGCCACGUAAUCCUCGGAAAACUGUGCAUCAACACAUGGGAAGAAUACAAAUCCAUGACUUUUACACUAUAUGCUGGGAACUGGGCACCUGGAUUGCUGCGAAGAGCAAAAAAGGAUAUCCAAGUGAAUGGAUAUACAAUUCCAGCAGGCUGGGCAAUUAUGGUUGUUACAACUGCUCUUCAAUUAAACCCUAAUACAUUCGAGAAUCCUCUUGCAUUCAACCCAUGGCGUUGGAAGGACCUCAAGGCAAACGAGAUAUCGAAGCAUUUCAUGCCGUUUGGAGGGGGAAUGAAGCAAUGUGCGGGGGCAGAGUAUAGUAGGGUGUUAUUGUCCACCUUUUUCCAUGUCUUGGUUACUAAAUAUAGGUGGAAAAAGAUUGAGGGAGGAGACAUUGUCCGGACUCCUAUGUUGAAGUUCAGGAAACCCCUUCGUAUUAAGAUCUCAGAAAAGCAUAUAUAAUUGAGCAAUUAAGUGAUGACAGCAACCAAAUUGCUAAUGCUGAAUUAAGUAACUUCAAUAAAUGGUUUGAUCCUCAAUAAACUUGGUAGGCAAUAUGUAUUUUUUUAAAUGAAGCGUCUUUAUAUAUAUAUAUAAUACAUAU